AUGCCUAAGAUGAUAUUGUUAUUCAGUGGGAAAAGGAAAUCUGGAAAAGAUUUUUUGACUGAUAAUUUGCAAAAAGUGUUAAUUGAUAAAUGUGAAAUCAUAAAAAUAUCCCAACCAAUUAAGAGUUAUUGGGCGAAAGAAAAUAAUUUGAGUUUAGAUGAGCUUUUAAGCGACAGUAAAUACAAGGAGCAGUAUCGUAUGGACAUGAUAAAGUGGAGUGAUGAGAUGAGGGAAAAGGAUUAUGGAUGUUUUUGCCGAGCAGCGUGCCAAAAUGCUGCUGAUAAUACAGUUUGGAUUGUCAGCGACAUAAGGCGUAAAACUGAUAUAAAAUGGUUUAAAGAAAAUUAUGGCCCACUUCUAAAAACUAUAAGAAUCAUAGCAGAUGAAGAAACAAGAAAAGAAAGGGGUUUUGAUUUUCAAGCAGGUGUAGACGAUGUAGCAUCGGAAUGUGAUUUGGACGAUUACGCAGAAUGGGAUCUUGUUAUAGACAAUGGAAGAAAUAGACAAAAAUUGGAAGAUCAGAUAGAUUCAAUUUUAGCACUCUUAACUUAUGGCGUAUAA